AUGAAAUUUUUAGUAUAUUUUUCUCUUAUUUUUAUUUCUAAUAUUUUUGCUGAUAGUGGAGUAAGUGAAUUUGAACAACCUGAGGGAUGUGGAACACAAGCAACUAAUUGGAAACCAUGUAUUGAACGUAAAAUAGCUGAUCAAGUUUUUACAUCUUGUUGUGAAAGAUUUGUUCCACCAGAAUGUCGUGGUUUAUGUAUUUAUGAAUCAAAUGCAAUUGAAUCUAGAGUUGUUUUAAUGCAUACUAUUCAACCAAGUAGAUGUAGAUUAUACAAAUAUCUUAGUUCUAUUGUUCAUUGUGCUGCUCAGACACAUGAUAAUACUGAAUGUUGCAAAGAUAUGGGUGUCUCAGAUAUUGGUCCACAUUGUUUACAAUUAUGUCAUCCACAGGCUAAACCAAGAGCUCAUAUGGGUGAAAGAUCCUUGGCAAAACCUAUUGUAAGUUGUCUUUCAAAAUGGGAUCAAAUUAUGCAGUGCCAUCAUUCUGGUCUUCGUGCUCGUAAAGUUCCCAAGACAUCAGUUCUCAACAAUUAA